UGCAGACCCCGUGAGUGUCAUUCUGGCUGGGUGCCGAAGAGAGGCAGCGAACAGCGGUGGUAGACAUGGGCUCACACCUCUGAAUCAUAGUUUCAUACAGGUAUUUCGGAGAUUUGCGACGACUCGAUUUUUUGGGGGGGUUUUUGCUGUUGUUGCUCAUUGAAGACUGACUGACUGAAGCCUCCAAAACGCAGGAGCUGGCAGGUUUUACAUUUGCAUUCCGACGCUCAACACUCCUGUCGUCUCACCUGCACCGCCGGUGGAGAGGUUCGCUGCGAGCACAAUGCAUCCAGAGAAGUGCUUACCUGAAUUGGUGGCCGAGAAAAACAGCUUGGACCCCUCCUUCGUGCAUGCGGUCCGCCUGCUCGAAGAAGGUAAAUCAGAAAUUGAGAAGCAUGAAGGAGAUGAAUUGAGAAAAGAUGGUGACACGAAGAAAUACCUAGAUAUUAUCAGCAAUAAAAACAUCAAGCUCUCAGAAAGAGUUCUCAUUCCAGUCCAACAGUAUCCAAAGUUUAACUUUGUAGGGAAGCUGCUGGGACCACGGGGAAAUUCUAUGAAGAGAUUACAAGAGGAGACAGGAGUGAAGAUGUCCAUCCUUGGCAAAGGAUCCAUGAGGGAUAAAGGGAAGGAAGAAGAAUUACGGAAAAGUGGGGAGGCCAAAUACGCCCACCUGAGUAAUGAUCUACAUGUUUUAAUUGAAGUCUUUGCUCCACCAGGAGAGGCCUAUUCCCGCAUGAGUCACGCCUUGGAGGAAAUUAAAAAAUUCUUAGUUCCAGACUACAAUGACGAGAUCAGACAGGAGCAGCUGAGAGAAUUAUCGCUGUUGAACGGCUCAGACGAGUCAAGCAGAGCGAGGAGUGUACAAGGGAGAAGCCUGCGACCAUCAACCACAAUAUCCACAAGAGGCCACAGAGGUGCAGGAAGGAGUGCUGCCGCUCCUCGGGGGACAGCAACAGCAGCACACAGCAAACUCCCUUCAAUGGUUUUGACAAGGGAUGUUCAAGCUCCAAGAGCUAGAGGGGCAACAACCAAUGCUGGAUACAGGCUCCCACUGUUAGCAGUCACACAUGAAUCAUACGACGACUAUGGCUACGAUGAUGGAUACGGUGGAGAAUAUGAUGAUGAGAGCUAUGAAGCCUAUGAUGACAACUACAGCAGUCAGUCAAAGAGCACUUCUGAAUAUUAUGAUUAUGGACACGGAACCAGUGAUGAAUCCUACAACAACUAUGAGGAAGAGUGGACGGCCACCCAACCCAGUCUCAAAGCCCCUGCUUUACGACUGACAAGAGGGGGCUACAGAAAACACCCCUAUGGCAGAUACUGAUGACUGAAGGUGCUCCAAAUAUGUGACCUCCAAUGAUAUUUAUAAUUAUUUUCAAAAUUCUUCAUAAAAUGCUGUAACGUUUACUUUUAUCUCAUCCAAUUCAGAAGUGUAGAAAAGAAACAAGAACAAAAAGCACACAAAUCCUUAUUGUAUUUUCCUGAUGUGUGGAUUUACACAGGAUUAAGUCCUCUUUUUUUAAACAUAAGAUAGUCAUCUUAAACUAACUGCUAUUUAUAUGACCACCUGGACAAACAAUACUGGCCUUUUUUUUUUUAAGCGGUGUUGUACUGUAUGUAGUACUUAUGAGCAGCAUUUCCAUCUCAGUUUUUCACAAACUAAAAGCAAUAUUUCUAAAAUUUUACAAAGUACAAUUGCAGUUUGCAGAUGUUUCCAUUAAAUAGUGUUUAGCACAUGAAGCCCAUUUAUGUUGUCUUACGUACAUAAAUAGCAACGUCAAUAUCAAUUUUUGUCAAACGUCGCAGUCCGCAUACUUCCAUGCGUCUUUUAUGUUACCAUGGUUGUAAAAUAAAUUCAUCCACUAGUGGGCAGUACUGAGUUUAG